AGUCUGGAGCAUAGGCUGGCCAACUUUCUUAUUUUGAAUCGUAGCACACCUCACACUGUCACUUGGCAGUCUCCCGCUGAGCUGUUUUUGGGACGACAGAUUAGGAACUGUUUCACAUUACCGAAACCGAACCUUAACAGAGCCGUGGAGGAGCAACAGUUGAAGCAGAAAGAGCACCACGAUGAAGGACGAGUGAAACUCCGAGAGUUCAAGUUGAAUGAAGUGGUCUUGGUUCGUAAUUGGCGGCGUGGCGUUGAAAGGUGGAUCCCUGGAAGAAUCACUCGGGUGAAAGGUCCGCGCACUUACCUAGUUCGCUGUGAGCAUCAAAUACAAUUUUGUUCAUGUGGGUCAUUUGGAGAGUGCUCGCUGGAUCCAGUCUUCAAGCUCUUGCGAGGGAGAGGAAGAUAGUAAUUACGCACGAAACUUCCUAAGUUCCCAAGCCGAAGUGAAGAGUGGAGUGUGGAGUCCUUCUGAACCACCGGUUAAUACAUCCGAGGCAGGAGGAGUUCCGGAUGCAGGUGACGUAGAGGAACAGGACACAACUGAGGUGACACCAGAAUCAUCAUUGGGAGACGCUUUGGAGGGAGCAAGUCCCUCAGGGACACCAUUGUCACCGCACCCAGCA